GAGAGGGAGGGAACCGAGGAAGACGCUCGGAUAACCCGUGCGUUUCGUAAGGCUCGGAGCACUUGUACAUUUCUGCAGGCGCGCAGCGAGCCAUUUGCGGCGGCUGCUGCAGCUCCGACCGCAUCUUCCUCCUCCUCCGGGCGCCGGGUGUGUGGAUGUGUGAGUGUGUGUGAGUGUGUGUAUUUUGCAGGUGUGUCCGUUUUAAUUCUGCCCAGUAGGUGGGACUUGGUGACUUUAGCACCAUAUUUUCCUUUUCCUUGUUUUUUUUUUUUUUUUUCCUUUUUCUUUUUUUGCCUCCCCACCGUCUGUUGCAACCCUGCAAAGUCUCGGAGUCGGAGAGCGCGGCUCGCUUCCCGAGCCCCCGGACCCGGCGAGCCGGCGAGCGCAGAGCCGGCCACCAUGCCAGGCAGACCGCGCCACUAGGCGCUCCCCGCGGCUCCCACCCAGCGGCGGCGGCGGCGGCGGCCGCGAUGGUUUCAGACGCUGAAGGAUUUUGCAUCUGAUCGCACGGCGUUUCAAAGGCAGAGGCCCCCCUCCCCCUUCCCCCCUCCCUCGCCGUCUUUGUUUCCUUCCCCCCCAGCUCUCCCCACUCCCCCCACCCCACCCCCCUCUCCUCUCCUCCUCCUCUUUUUUAGAAGCAGCGAUCGGAGAUGGAUGUCUCUCUUUGCCCAGCCAAGUGUAGUUUCUGGCGGAUUUUCUUGCUGGGAAGCGUCUGGCUGGACUAUGUGGGUUCCGUGCUGGCUUGCCCUGCAAAUUGUGUCUGCAGCAAGACUGAGAUCAAUUGCCGGCGGCCGGACGAUGGGAAUCUCUUCCCCCUCCUGGAAGGGCAGGAUUCAGGGAACAGCAAUGGGAAUGCCAGCAUCAACAUCACGGACAUCUCAAGGAAUAUCACUUCCAUACACAUAGAGAACUGGCGCGGUCUGCACACGCUCAACGCCGUGGACAUGGAGCUCUACACCGGCCUCCAGAAACUGACCAUCAAGAACUCAGGACUUCGGAGCAUCCAGCCCAGAGCCUUUGCCAAAAAUCCCCACUUGCGCUAUAUAAACCUGUCGAGUAACCGGCUCACCACACUCUCAUGGCAGCUCUUCCAGACGCUGAGUCUUCGGGAAUUGAGGUUGGAGCAGAACUUCUUCAACUGCAGCUGUGACAUCCGCUGGAUGCAGCUGUGGCAGGAGCAGGGGGAGGCCAAGCUGAACAGCCAGAACCUCUACUGCAUCAGUGCCGAUGGCUCCCAGCUCCCACUUUUUCGCAUGAACAUCAGUCAGUGCGACCUGCCUGAGAUCAGUGUGAGCCAUGCCAACCUGACCGUACGGGAGGGUGACAAUGCUGUCAUCACUUGCAAUGGCUCUGGAUCGCCCCUGCCCGACGUGGACUGGAUAGUCACCGGACUGCAGUCCAUCAACACCCACCAGACAAAUCUGAACUGGACCAAUGUACACGCCAUCAACCUGACGCUGGUAAAUGUGACGAGUGAGGACAACGGCUUCACCCUGACGUGCAUUGCAGAGAACGUGGUGGGCAUGAGCAAUGCCAGCGUCGCCCUCACUGUCCACUACCCCCCACGCGUGGUGAGCCUGGAGGAGCCUGAGCUGCGCCUGGAACAUUGCAUCGAGUUCGUGGUGCGCGGCAACCCGCCGCCCACACUGCACUGGCUGCAUAACGGGCAGCCGCUGCGUGAGUCCAAGAUCAUCCACGUGGAGUACUACCAGGAGGGCGAGGUCUCCGAGGGCUGCCUGCUCUUCAACAAGCCCACCCACUACAACAACGGCAACUAUACCCUCAUCGCCAAGAACCCCCUGGGCACAGCCAACCAGACCAUCAAUGGCCACUUCCUCAAGGAGCCCUUUCCAGAGAGCACGGAUAACUUUGUCUCUUUCUACGAAGUGAGCCCCACCCCUCCUAUCACUGUGACCCAUAAACCAGAGGAAGACACUUUUGGGGUAUCCAUAGCCGUUGGACUUGCUGCUUUUGCCUGUGUCCUGUUGGUGGUUCUCUUUAUCAUGAUCAACAAGUAUGGUCGACGGUCCAAAUUUGGAAUGAAGGGUCCUGUGGCUGUCAUCAGUGGCGAGGAGGACUCAGCCAGCCCGCUGCAUCACAUCAACCAUGGCAUCACCACGCCCUCAUCUCUGGAUGCCGGGCCGGACACAGUGGUCAUCGGCAUGACUCGCAUCCCGGUCAUUGAGAACCCCCAGUACUUCCGUCAGGGACACAACUGCCACAAGCCAGACACAUAUGUGCAGCACAUCAAAAGGAGAGACAUCGUGUUGAAGCGAGAACUGGGCGAGGGAGCCUUUGGAAAGGUCUUCCUGGCCGAGUGCUACAACCUCAGCCCCACCAAGGACAAGAUGCUCGUGGCCGUGAAGGCCCUGAAGGAUCCCACCCUGGCAGCCAGGAAGGAUUUCCAGAGGGAAGCUGAACUGCUCACCAACCUGCAGCACGAGCACAUUGUCAAGUUCUAUGGGGUGUGUGGCGAUGGGGACCCCCUCAUCAUGGUCUUUGAAUACAUGAAGCACGGAGAUCUGAACAAGUUCCUCAGGGCCCAUGGGCCAGAUGCAAUGAUCCUUGUGGACGGGCAGCCACGCCAGGCAAAAGGAGAGCUGGGGCUCUCUCAAAUGCUCCACAUUGCCAGUCAGAUUGCCUCUGGCAUGGUGUACCUGGCCUCCCAGCAUUUCGUGCACCGGGACCUGGCCACCAGGAACUGCCUGGUUGGAGCUAACCUGCUGGUGAAGAUCGGAGACUUUGGCAUGUCCAGAGAUGUCUACAGCACUGAUUACUACAGGCUCUUUAAUCCAUCUGGAAAUGAUUUUUGUAUAUGGUGUGAGGUGGGAGGACACACCAUGCUCCCCAUUCGUUGGAUGCCCCCUGAAAGCAUCAUGUACCGGAAGUUCACUACGGAAAGCGAUGUGUGGAGCUUUGGGGUGAUUCUCUGGGAGAUCUUCACCUAUGGAAAACAGCCAUGGUUCCAGCUCUCAAACACAGAGGUCAUUGAGUGCAUCACCCAAGGUCGUGUUUUGGAGAGGCCCCGAGUCUGCCCCAAAGAGGUGUACGAUGUCAUGCUGGGGUGCUGGCAGAGGGAACCGCAGCAGCGGCUGAACAUCAAGGAGAUCUACAAAAUCCUCCAUGCUCUGGGGAAAGCCACCCCCAUCUACUUGGACAUCCUUGGCUAGUGGUGGCCAGUGGUCGUGAAUUCAUAUUCUGUUGCCUCUUCUCUCCCGGCCUCACACCCCUUCUUUUCCACUGCACAGACUCUUUUCUUCCAUCCUUGACUGAAGCAAACAUCUUCAUAUAAACUCAAGUGCCUGCUACACAUACAACACUGAAAAAAAAAGAAAGAAUAAAAACCCUGUAAGGCAGUUUGGCAUAUAUAUAUAUAUAUAUAUAUAUAUAUAUAUAUAUAAUAUAUAUAUAUUUAUAUAUCUAACUAUCUAUCUAUCUAUAUCUACAGAGAGAUAACCUCUUCUCUAAUGCACAGAGAAGCUGCUGAUACACAAACCAUAAGACUGUAACAACAACUCAGAAAAUCUUAAGUAUUAUGAAUGCAAUUGAAACUUCCCUUAGACGCAGGCUGUGGCCCGUGCUUCUUCAGCUCCGACUUCUGGGAGCAGAAGACUUUGACGAUGCACAGAGACAAUCUUCACGUUGGGACUGGAGGAGCUGGGGUGGAGUGCCAGUCACUGCUGCACAGGUGAUCAUCUGCACAGGUGUGUUAGCUCCAAGCUCUGCAUAUGUGCAUGGGCAGACCUCAUCGACAGGCUCAGCAAGGAAAGAACACCGAACCAGGGGCCUCUGGGACGCCUCACACAUCCCCUGACCAUCUGCUCCACGCCUUCCUCCUUUCCUCCCCCUCAAGACAAUUUUCUAAUUUGUCUUUUCUAGAAAGUAUAGUUCUGAUGCUUUGGGGAGUCAGCAAUGGCGCCUACAGGUAAACACUGAACAAAACAACAACGACAGCAAAACACAAAACAAUGGCGACAGUGGACUACAUCCAUCUUGUUGUAAACUAUGCUCAAGUUCCUUCCUGAAUUUGAAAGAGUUGUGUCAUCUCUCCUCUGGACUUCAAGAACUGGACUUUCUGGAUUUAAAGAACCACAGAAUUAAAAGCUGAAAUCUGAACCCUGCAACGCACUGCCUCCUGUCUUUCCAUCAUUGGAAAGUCUCCUUGGCCGCACCUCCGACAUUCAGGCUAUUGGGGAGUUAAGGGGGGUGUCAGACAUCCCCCGUGUUGUCUGCACGUGUGGGCACAGCAGGGUUCCAAUGGCAGGAGACUUCAUUCUUUGCGGGUCUUAUAAGGUCUGCCCCCCUGGGUCGUCUAUUUCUCAACCCGCCUUCUCUAGAUUCUAGCUCGCACUUCCUGGGCCUCUAGGAAGUCCCAGGUAAACCCCACUGCCGAGAAAGGGGCCCAGGUCUGGCGAGAGGCUGGGGCAGUGCUUGCUUCAGGGAGCCAGGCAGUGGAGUGGGCAGGAGCCGGGGGGCGGGGCGGGGAGAAUCUGUUGGGCACCUACAUCCGGCCCCUUGUCAUUCUCCUCACGUUUCCAGCCCCUGGAAGGAUUGAUGCAUCUGCCUUUGAGUGCUGUGAAAAUGCAGGGGCUGAGAAAUCACUUCUGUGGACUGGGUGCAGGGGGAGGGGCCGAGGCUGCCUGGGGAAGCAUCCAAUGCCUGGCCGCUGCCGCAGGCUUGGCAUCUUAAUGAGGACGGAGCCCUGACCAGGGAGAGAGAAGGAAGCAUUUGGGCUGGGGCCAGCUCCCUCUGCCCCGACACCAGGGGAAUCACUGCCUUCCCAGCUGCCGCUGUCAAAGACUGCGACAGGGGUGCACCUCCGGGCCCCCCUGACCCGUGACAACAAAAUGCCCGUGGAAACCCACAGCCUAGCCCCACAGAGCCCUCCAGCUGGGGAGAAGAGGAUGUGCUUCUCCCAGGCCACCGGUCCCUCCGCCUCACCCAAGCACAGAGCUACCGAAGGGACUGGCUUUGCCCGACUGGAGCCUCUGGGUCCCCCGACCUGCACCCCUCUUGGCCAGCUUAAGGGACCAUCAGCCGCCUGGAUGUUCUGGCCACUGGAAAUUGCUGAUCAUUCUUGCUUCUCAUCAUUUGGAUCCCAAAGUCGUUGACUUAAAAUGGGUGGCUGAGGUUUUAGUGAAACUGGGUUUUACUCAUAGUGCCCCUUCCUUGAGGUAUUAUUUCUUCCAUUCUUUUCCUUUCUAACAAAUACAUCCAUUGGCCAUGCUAAGUUUAUUUGCAUCCUGGCAAGUCUUGGGGAGUCAGUUUAGUUAAAGUGAUGAUUGUAUUUUAUUUGCCUUUGGAGAAGAGGCUUAUCAUCUAAGUAAAGUUCUUAUGUAAAGGUGUGUUUUAUGCAAAAAAAAAAAAAAUCCACAAAAACAGAUUCUAAAUUUGGUAAGAUGGUCCCAGAGUAGGGGGAUGUAUUCUCAGUUAAUAUUAAGGGAUGUGUUGAAAAGGCAAGUGCCCUCCCUUUCUGUAUUCCCCAGCCCACCUUUCCUUCCUCCCUAACCUCAAAAGAAAACAGAAAAUUAUUUUUUUAAAUUGUAUUAAUAAUUUAUGUUUAAUACAAAAGGAUGAUUUAAUGGUAUCACCAAAGGUCAUUCUCCCAUUGUGCAUGUCCUUCACUCUUGGCCCUGUACCCAUCACCCUGUUCUUCACCCUCACGCUUCCAUCCCAAGGCAACGUGUCUUCAUUGGAAUCUAUCAGUGUUGGAGUUCAAUGUGGGGACGGAGGUUUAACACCAUGACACUAAUGGAAACCAACCAUUCUUCACUUUCAAAUGGUUAAUUACUCCAAGAAGGCAAACUCUUUUCUUGGUUUUUGCUUAAAAACAUUUUAUACAUAUAUAUGUAUAUAUGUGUGUGUAUGUAUGGACAUAUGUAUGUAUAUGCACAUGUACAUGUAUAUAUGUAUAUAUCCAUCUCCAAUAUAAAUAUAGCAUAUGUGAGAGUUGUAAAUACUCCUUGGUCAUACUUCUGUCUUCCUCAUGCUAUCAUAUCUUCUGUGUUAUGUUAACAACUCCAUUUAUUGACUGAUGAAAUCGUGUGUAGACCUGUAUCCUCCUGACAUAGUUUAUGUAGGGUAUCUUCUCAAAUAAAGUAUAAAACAUCAA